CAGCGAGUGAACUUCGGUAAAAGGCUAGCUAACAAAAAAGUAAAAGAAAAAAUAAUAAUAAAUAACAGUGUUAUACAAAAUAAAAAAAAAAGUUUCUAGCCAAUUAAAGACGUGUGUGUUGUAGAUUAACUUAAGUAUAUUUAAUUUAUUUAUAACAAACAAAAAAAAAAAAAACAAAAGUUUCAAAAUGAGUUCAGCAACAGAAAAUAAUGGAGAUAUCGCGGUUGAAAAAGUUGCCGCCGACGCCACCACUGCCGUCAAAGAGGACAAACAAAUUAAAACAGCCUCCGAAGAAACAUCAGCGGCAUCAGAUAAUGGUACCACCAAACCAGCGGUCACAAAAGACCAGGUCAAAGGAACAAAACGGCCUGCAGAUGACAAAUCAGCUGCAUCAAAGAAAGCCAAAAAAGAAAGUGCUGCCAACGCAAGCGAUUGUUCAGAAGAUGAAGAAACCAUUGAAGAAGAGGACUUCAUUGAAGAAAUCGACAGUGACAUUGAAAGUGAUGAAUACGAUCUCCCCUAUGAUGAUGACGAUGAAAAUGAUGGCUCCGGCUCAGAUGACCAAGCGUAAUAAUAAUGUAGUCAAAAAAAUAAAGAAAUAAAAAAAAAUCUAUAUAUAUAUAUUAUAUUGAUAAGGAAUAAUUUUUAAUUUCUUAUUUUAUUUUUUUUAUGUAAUUUUUUUUUUAAUUUAAAUCAGAAAUAAGAAAAAACUUACGAUGCAAGAUUUUUUCCUUUAAUAUUUAAGUUUAAAAUAUUGAAAAUAAUAACAGAAAAAAAAAUUGAAAAAACAAAACCGAAAAAAUAGAAAAGAAAUAGCAGUUACAACAAAUAAAAAAAAAGUAUUUUAGAUCAAAUAAAAAUACAUAUAAAAACCUAAAUCCAAUCUAAUAGUAUUUGCAUAAGAACAAUCUUUCAGAAAUCUGAAAUUGAAAUUAAAAAAAAAAAAGUUGUGAGGAACUUUUUUGGGGCAAAUCCUUUUGUGUUCGCUAUUUUACUACCUUUGUGCUGAAAUUUACAAAAAAAAAACAAAAACUAUCGUUUUCGUACAAGCCAAAUGCUGCCACAAACUUUCUUCUUGUUCGUUUCAUAUUUUCAUAUAUUUUUGAUUGAUCUUUUUUUUACAAAACUCAUUUCUCGAAUCUAGCAUUGAACGAAAAAAUAAGCCUAAACAAGCCACGUUGAAUAUAUGGGAUCUAGGUAAGUUAUAAGCGCUUUAUUUUC